AUGAAUAUCGUCCUACUCGCCUGGUCUAUAUGUUCAAUCGCGCUCAUUUCAGCUUAUCCCACAAAGGAUAAGCAUCAUUCAGCGGAAGCCAGUCUUCAUCGAAGAAAUUUCGAUGGAAAUUUGAUGGGAUUGAGUCCAUCAAACUUAAAACGAAACGGAAUAUCAAUCGGAUUCCUUCCUGCCUUAGGGGAAUCAGUUGCACCCAACACUCCGAAUGAAAUCAAUGCAAAGCUUCCAGCACCGAUGGCUAUCAUGGGGGACUACAUCAAUCUAGAGUAUGAUGGCCCAAAUCAAUCACAAAUAGACUCUCAUCUCGAAUCUAUACAAUCUUUAGAUGGAAAUCCAGUAUGGCAGAUCGCUUUGAUGCCUUACCAAGGUUUGGAGAUGGUCACAAAAGAAGUCGUACGUAGUUUACAUUCAAACCCUCUUUGA